AUGCAGACAUACCGUCUUUUCCAGCAAUUUAAGGCUAGUUCUUUGAAUGAAAACUCCAGUGUCUGUCCACCAAAUGCCACUAUUUGCAAUGGCACAUCUUGUGUGUUAGCUGAGGACAAUUUUAACCAAAUUCUGAACACGGUACUGAGUACUGUUCUAACAAUCUUGCUGGCUCUGGUGAUGUUCUCCAUGGGCUGUAAUGUGGAAUUUAAAAAAUUUUUAAAUCAUAUAAAAAAACCUUGGGGCAUUUUUGUGGGCUUCCUUUGCCAGUUUGGGAUUAUGCCUCUUGUAGGCUUCGUGCUGUCGUUGGCCUUUGAUGUGCUUCCUGUUCAAGCGGUUGUGGUGAUGAUCAUGGGAUGCUGCCCGGGUGGAACGGCCUCCAACAUCAUUGCCUACUGGGUGGAUGGUGACAUGGACCUAAGCAUCAGCAUGACAACUUGCUCCACUCUGCUUGCAAUGGGGAUGAUGCCCCUUUGUCUCUUUCUUUAUACCAAGAUGUGGACAGCCACCGGCUCAAUCGUACUCCCCUACGACAGCAUCGGAAUUUCACUGGUAGCUCUCGUAGUUCCUGUUUCAGUUGGGAUUUUUGUUAACCACAAAUGGCCCAAGAAAGCAAAACUCAUACUUAAGGUUGGUUCCAUUGCUGGAGCAAUCCUCAUUAUACUCAUAGCUGUGGUUGGAGGAAUACUGUACAAAGGCUCCUGGGUUAUCUCCCCUAAAUUAUGGAUCAUUGGUACCAUAUUUCCAGCAGCUGGAUAUUCUCUGGGGUUCUUUCUGGCUCGCAUAGCUGGUCUGUCUUGGCACAGGUGUCGAACGGUGUCUCUGGAAACAGGCAUGCAGAACACUCAGCUGUGUACGACCAUCAUACAGCUCUCCUUCAGUACUGAGCAACUUGAACUGAUGUUUGCUUUCCCACUCAUCUACAGCAUUUUCCAGAUAGCAUUUGCAGUAAUAAUUCUAGCAGGCUACCGUAUUUAUAUAAGAUGCCAGGGCAAAACGAAGACAGAUGAUGUGAAAACAGAAGAGAAAAAAGAAGAAGAAAAAUCAAAAUCAUCAUCGUCACAUGCUGCAACAAAUGGAGGAUUUGUAUCAAAUGAGACCAAAUAG